AUGGAACCUGCAGAAGCGCCUGCUCCACCGCGCCAACCAGCAACACAGCCCCCUCAACGGACCAUUUCUGAAUAUUGGCAGACAUUCAAAACACCGUUUCCCGGCAAGGUCUUCAAUGUACUCCCCUCUCGAAAUGUCCGACGGGCUUCGUCUUCCAGCAAAAGUCAACGUUCUCGGGCUCAACGGCCACCAAAGACAUACGAUCAAGCUCGCAAAGAAUGCCUACGGGAUGUUGAUCGCAUCAUUCGCGAGUGUCGUCGCACGAACCAGAAAUAUCGUGAUCCGCAUUUCGAUAUCGAAUGGGACCUCAAGUCUCACCAGAGAGACUGUCUCGAUGGGCUGAAUGUCAAGAUCGACGGCAUGAUGCCAAAAGGCGUCAAGCGCGUGGCCGACAUCUUUGAGAAGCCACAGUUCUACAUCAAUGGCCCAACGGCGGGUGACGUACGACAAGGACUCGAUGGGGAUUGCUACUUGAUGGCGGCUCUCUGUGGACUGGGAAGCAUGGAAGGCCUGAUAAGUCGGGUCGUGGUCAAGUACGACCAAGAUGUGGGCGUGUACGGAUUCGUCUUUCAUCGAGAUGGUGAAUGGCAGCAGACUAUCAUCGACGACAAACUCUAUUUGCGAGCCCCAGAUUAUGAAGAGGCGCUUCAGGAGCGUGAUAUCUGGGAGCAAAUUGAUCGUUUGAAUGCCGAAGAAGAAUAUCGCAAGACUCAUCAGACCGGCAGCCGGGCCCUUUAUUUUGCGCAAUGCUCAGAUGAGAAUGAGACCUGGCUGCCUCUCCUGGAGAAGGCAUAUGCAAAGGCCCAUGGCGAUUACUCCGUUAUCCAUGGCGGCUUUGUAGGCGAAGCCGUUGAAGAUCUCACGGGUGGCGUUACCACCGAAAUUUACAGCAGCGAUAUCUUGAACAAAGACAAGUUCUGGAGCGAAGAGCUAAUGCAAGUUGGCAAAAGCUUCCUGUUUGGCUGUGCCACUGGCAUCUACAGUGACUGGUUAGCCGAAAUCGAUCGCGCCAAAAACCCUGAGAACCAAGAGGUGGGUUGGCGCAACAUGGACCGCCGCGGCCUCGUCGAAGGUCACGCUUACAGUAUCAUGGAAGCUCGCGAAUUACGUGGCGAACGACUGCUCAAAGUCCGCAACCCGUGGGGCAAGCGGGAAUGGGCUGGCAAAUGGAGUGAUGGCAGUGAGCAAUGGGAUGCUGAAUGGAUGAAAAUUCUCGAUCACAAGUUCGGCAAUGAUGGCAUCUUCUGGAUCAGCUACGACGACUUACUCAAGCGAUACCAACACUUUGACCGAACAAGAAUCUUUACAGAUGAGUGGACCGUCAAGCAAUGCUGGGCUAGUGUCGACGUUGGUUGGGAACCUGAGUACCAUCCUACCAAAUUUGAGCUUGAGCUCAAGAAAGAAGGCAAAGUCGUGAUCGUGCUGAGCCAACUAGAUAAGAUCUACUGGCGCGGUCUCGAGGGCGAGUAUGACUUCGAUUUACAGUUCCGGCUUGAGGAGGCGAGCAGCGAUGCUGGCGAGUACAUCGUCCGCAGCCAUGGUCGCUACGCUAUGGAUCGCAGCGUGAGCACGGAUCUGACUUUGCCAGCAGGCAAUUACCAUGUGCAUAUGAAGAUUGAGGCAACGCGCAAUGACAAUGAGCCCGUGGAGCACCUACUGCCAAAGUACGUCAAGGAAAGACGAGAAAAGCUCAUCCAGAUUGGCACGAGUUAUGACCUGGCCCACGAAAAGGGCAUCUAUGUGCAAAGUAAGAGCGAAAAGCACGAUAGGGUGAGGAGGGAGAAGGAGAAGGGGAAACAGGAGAAAGCUGAGAUGAGAGAGGCGCUGAAAAAGAAGAUCAGGCAAGAGGCGCUCAAGCGGUGGGAAAAGGAUCGGAAGAGACAUACCAGAGAGAAGGAGAAAACGAAGAAGAGGGAGAAAGUCGAGAAAGCGAGGGCAGAGAAGAUGGGGAUGCGGCAGGAGGCUGGGCAAGAUCAGCCGGAAGUUGAUUCUGCUGAGAUCCAGCUGCCGGUCAGUGGCACGCUGGCGUCGGACGGUAAAGCAGCGAUAUCAUCAGUUGAGGCAACGACUGUCAACGACGGGCCAUUCAAGAUCAAGUCGUUCUCUGGGGAGGAUGUUCCUUCUCCCGGCACCCCGGCUCCAGCGGAACAAGCCUUGCCAGCAGCUCCCCUUCCGACUCCCAUCAAUCAGGACUCUGACACGCCCGCGGUUGUGCAGCCCCUAGAUCAGGUCUUGGAAGACCUGCCGUCGGCAACAGUGCCACGAUUUGAGGAAGACCAUUUUCAAGACGCGCAUUUAGUUGAGGAUAGAAAGCCUCCAACUCCUGUGGUUCAGAUCAACGGGAAAGAUGCCGUCACAGACGUCAAACCCCUCCCUGCUCGGCCACGAGUCUCACAGGAAGAGCAUAUAUUGGCAUCAUCAGGUGUGCCUGACGAGGCGACCGGUGGAAGCGCCAGAUCACCAGUUCCACCAUCGGACCCGUCAAACGUCGUCAAGAAGCCUGAGCCCAUGGCUCACGAAGGGCCAGCUGCCCCAGAAGGUAUCGCAAACAACACGUACGGAACAGGAUCGGCCACCAGCGUGGCCAAACCCACCAUGGCAAAUGUCAGCUCUUCAGCGCUACUACCCCAUAACGACGAUGCCGCCUCCAUCGACUCUUUCGAGUCCUUCGAUUGGGAUUCUGACCUCGACAUGCCCUCCGAGCCCUCCUCCUCAUCAUCUUCCACUGACGCGGCCGAUGAAGACGAAGACUACCACGCCUCCAGCGACAGCGAUUCAGACUCCGGACACGUCAUGUACCGCCCUCCCUCACCCAUCAAGCCGUUCGUGCCCAAGUCCAAGUCCAAAUCCUCAUCCAAGCCGAAGUCCGCUGCCAGCAGGAGCAGGUACCACACCCCAGCCUGGCAGCUCGGCGAAGCAGACCCGGACGCCAACGACGCCAACGUAAGCACAGCUGGCGUGGGCGGUGUUGGCGGCACAGGCGAGCAGUUGUGGAACGCAGUUUGUACCGUUGGCUUGAGAAUCUACAGUACCCUGGGAGAUGAUGAGGUUGGGUUGAAGGUCUUGUGGCCUGAGAAGGAGGAGGAGAAGAGGUGGGAGGGGAAGAGGAAAGGUGGGACAGUGAAUGGAGGUGGCCAGACUGCCGUGGGUGGGGGCAAGAAGCUGGACCCGGAUGAUAUGAAUCGUGGGGCUGUCGUGUUGGGCACGGGUCUCAAAGCGAGUGGACAGGGGUGA